ACAUAUGGUACUACCUAACCGCUAUAGUCAUUUUCCUUCGAACGCUCAUCUAAAAUGACCCGACAACAAUAAAAACACGUGAAAAUGUCUACCAAACCAAAUUACAGAAAUUUGACGUCUCCAGAUUAUGGCAAGCCGAAAAAGACGCAAAAUGAGGUCCUGCAGAAUCUGAUCAAGCCUCAUAUUGAGUCGUUUAACUGCCUGCUCCAUGAAGGACUAGGUCUCAUUGUUCAGAACUUAGAACCUGUUGAAUUUGCCCUGCCAAAUGGUGACAAAGUAUCUUUAAAAUUGGAGGAUGUCAUCAUUGGUAAUCCAAGAGUGCAUGAGAAGGCAGUCUGCCCAAGGACGGUCAAAGUAUACCCUGUGGAGUGUAGGAGCCGUGCUGUCACCUACAAGGGUUCACUGCAGAUCCAGAUUGGCUUCUCUGUGAAUGGGCAUGUGGGCCCUUCCCUCACCAGGAACCUUGGGCAGGUCCCUAUCAUGGUCAAGAGUGCUGUGUGUAACCUGGCCAAGUUGUCACCAGCUCAGCUGAUCAAGCAUGGGGAGGAAGAAGAGGAGAUGGGUGGUUAUUUCAUCAUCAACGGCAUUGAGAAAGUGAUACGAAUGUUGGUGCUACCAAGGAGGAAUUUUCCUAUGUGUGUUCAGCGCCCGUCCUGGAAGGGGCGAGGUCCCAUGUUCACAGACUACGGUGUCAUGAUGAGAUGUGUAAUGAACGAUCACUCCGCAACUAACCUGGUGCUUCACUACCUCAGUAAUGGUACAGCCCAGCUGUGUUUCUACAAUAAGAACCAGGUCUACUUCGCUCCCAUCAUUAUCAUACUCAAGGGUCUAGUGUCUCUGCCAGACAGGCACAUUUAUGAGGAGCUUGUGAAGGGGAAGGAAGAUGACUCUUUCUACAAAGGCUGUAUAGUGGCAAUGCUGCGAGAGGCAUUGAACGAGAAACUAUUCACACGUCAGGCGGUGUUGAAGUAUAUUGGGUCGCGGUUUCGGUUCAUCAUGUAUGGCUUGGCACCUUGGAAAACUGAUCAGCAGGUUGGCAGAUACAUCUACAAGAGAUGUAUCUGUACACAUCUCGAUGAUGACAUGGACAAGUUCAAUCUGCUUGUACACAUGACCCGGAAGCUGUUUGACUUUGCGAAGGGCCGCUGUGCCAGCGAGAGUCAAGACAGUCCCAUGUUCCAGGAAGUCUUGCUAGGGGGGCAUUUCUACCAGAUGCUACUGAAGUCAAAGCUGGGACAGUAUUUAAACUUGCUGAAAGUGGUUUUAGAUCGGCAUGCAAAGGCAAACAAGGGAGGAGCAGAGUUAUUCAAAGUGACACCAGAUACAUUGCUGCGUGCAAUGCGCUUUGCACCCGACAUCUGUCAUUCCAUUGAGUACACUAUGGCUACAGGGAAUAUUGACUCUAGCAACGCACAUGCAUUACUUCAGACAUCCGGUCUCACAGUAGUUGCAGACAAACUCAACUUCAUGCGCUACAUGUCCCACUUUCGGUGCGUGCAUCGCGGUGCGUUCUUUGGACAGAUGAGGACAACAGGGGUGAGGAAGCUGCUGCCAGAGGCAUGGGGUUUCCUGUGUCCAGUACACACUCCAGACGGUGCACCCUGUGGUCUGAUGAACCAUGCGGCCGCACAGUGCCAAAUUCAAGUAUUCAACAUGCCUGUCCAGCCAGUGAAUGACAUAUUAUACUCCCUUGGUGUCUUUCCUUUGGGUGACUCUGUGUGUCCUGUGCGAGACUGCUACAUUGUUAUGCUUGACGGGAAAAUGGUCGGCUACGUGGCGUGUGCUGCUGCCGAAAGGGUGUCUGACAACUUGCGACGUAUGAAAGUCAUGGGACUAAACAAGGUUCCAAGCACAAUGGAGAUAUGCCUUGUAAAGUCCACGCCCUAUGCCAGUCAGUACCCAGGCUUGUAUCUGUUCACGACACCAGCCCGUAUGCUGCGCCCAGUGCGUAACCUUGGGCUCCAGGAAGUGGAGAUGAUUGGGACGUUUGAGCAAGUCUACAUGGACAUCUGUAUCUGCCAGGAGGAGGCUUAUACAGGGGUUACAACCCACCAGGAACUGACUGGUGUAAGCAUGCUGUCAUUUGCUGCCAAUCUGACCCCAUUCUCUGACUUCAAUCAGUCUCCUAGGAACAUGUACCAGUGUCAAAUGGGCAAGCAGACGAUGGGUGUUCCAGUCCACACGCUGCAAUUCCGUAACGACAACAAGCUGUACAAGCUGCAGACUCCACAGACCCCAAUGGUGCGUCCGACCAAGUAUGACGAUUUUGAGAUAGACAACUAUCCGCUGGGAACAAAUGCCAUUGUGGCAGUCAUAUCAUAUACCGGAUACGACAUGGAGGACGCCAUGGUGAUCAACAAGGGGUCGCUGCAGAGGGGGUUCGGUCACGCCUCAGUGUACAAGACAGAGAUAGUGAACCUGUGUAACAAGCUGGCCACAGGCCGCAGCCAGAACCAGACCACCCUAGUGUUUGGCUGUACUGCAGACUCUCAGCCUUACAAAUCUGGCCAGCUCAACAUUGACGGACUGCCCCCUAUAGGCACCUAUCUCACAGAGGGGUCACCAUACUACAGUUACUUGAACACGCAGUCCGGGGAGUCCAAGGUGGUCAAGUACAAGAGUAGCGAGCCUGCCUGGGUGGAGCAUAUCAAGGUUCUCGGGAGCGACCUUGGCGACACCAUGAGCUUCAAGGUCGCUAUCAUGCUGCGUAUCAAUAGAAAUCCCAUCAUAGGAGACAAGUUUGCCAGCAGACAUGGACAGAAAGGAGUUUGUAGUAUGCUGUAUCCAACGGAGAAUAUGCCGUUUUCAGAGAGUGGAAUGACCCCUGACAUCAUCUUUAAUCCACAUGGUUACCCCUCUCGCAUGACCAUAGGUAUGAUGAUAGAGAGUAUGGCAGGCAAGGCUGCCGCCACGUUUGGGGACUGUUAUGACGCCACGCCCUUCCAGUUCUCUGAAGAGGACCCCGCCAUUGACCACUUUGGGAAACUGCUCACAAAGGCUGGCUACAACUACUAUGGCACAGAGCGGUUCUAUAGCGGUGUGGACGGGCGGGAAUUGGAAGCCGACAUCUUUAUGGGCGUAGUCUACUAUCAGAGGCUGCGGCACAUGGUGUCAGACAAGUUCCAGGUGAGAACCACUGGGCCAGUUGACCCUCUGACCAACCAGCCUGUGAAGGGCCGCAAGAAGCACGGGGGUGUCAGGUUUGGAGAGAUGGAGAGGGACGCACUCAUAGCACACGGCUCAUCCUUCCUACUGCAGGACAGGCUAUUCAACUGCUCUGAUAAAACCAUGGCACCUGUGUGCAUCAAGUGUGGCAACCUUCUCUCCAUCGCCACCCAGCGCAAGUCCAGCGUUGACGGCAAGGACCGCAAGCGUAACUACGUGUGCUCGCUCUGCAAGUCCAUGGAUACCAUACAGUUCAUCUCUGUUCCGUUUGUGUUCAAGUACCUGCUUGUUGAGUUGGCCGCAAUGAACAUUCGCAUUGACCUUCAGGUGAAGGAGGCAUAGUCUGGCGGUGAUGUGUGGAUAUUAUGAACAUGGAAUUAAAUUGGUGAAGCGAUUAGCUUUUUGUUAUUAUACAGAUAUUAUGAAUAAAGUACAGACAUCUAUGAA